AUGUAUAUACAUCGAGACCGUGAACAAGCUGGUUUGCGGCUUUUCAUGGAUUAUUUCGCUGCAGAUCCUCGAUGGAGUGAUCAAAUGUUCCGUCGCCGGUUCCGGAUGCGGAGGCAUGUGUUCCUGCGCAUUGUCAACGCAGUUGUAGCUCGUGACUCGUACUUUAUGCAAAUCGUCGAUGCUGUCUGGCGGCAAAGUAUAUCGACUUUGCAGAAAUGCACCUCCGCCCUAUGCCAACUCGCUUAUGGAACAACUGCAGAUAUGUUUGAUGAGUACCUCCAUGUGAGCGAGCAUAGUGGACGCGAUUGCCUAGCUAGAUUCUGUCGGGCAGUGGUCGAAGCAUUCAAGGACACAUACUUGAGAAAGCCAACGACCGACGAUGUUCGCAGAUUGGUACGCAUGCACGAGGACACCCACGGCUUCCCGGGGAUGCUGGGCAGCAUCGACUGUAUGCACUGGCAGUGGAAGAAUUGUCCAAUGGCUUGGAGAGGAGCAUACACUAGCGGGCACAAGGGCACACAUCCAACGAUUGUGUUGGAGGCCGUUGCCGACCAACGGUUGUGGAUCUGGCAUGCCUACUUUGGAGUCGCUGGGUCGAACAACGACCUCAAUGUGUUGAACGAGUCUCCAUUGUUCAAUGACUUGGGUGCCGGGCAAGCGCCUACUGUAGAGUUCACGGCCAACCACCGUCGGUACACUAUGGGGUACUAUCUGGCAGACGGGAUCUACCCUCGAUGGCCCGUGUUCGUGAAGACCAUCACAUGUCCGACAACGGAUAGGAGGAAGUUGUUUGCCAAAAAGCAAGAGGCGGCUCGGAAUGAUGUGGAGUGCGCAUUCGGAGUCCACCAAUCACGUUGGGCUAUAGUGAAGGGUGCGACCCGUGGUUGGCACCUUCCAAUAAUCACCGACAUCAUGUAUGCAUGCAUAACAUGA